AUUGCAUAGAUUGUGUUUUGGUGGUCUAUCUUAAAUCCUGAUUUAUCAAUAUAUGAAAUUUUAAUUGAAUUUUCUAUACUAGAUUUGAUGUUACUUAAGCUUUAUUAGGUAAAUAUAAAAGCACUUAACACACUUUUGAAUUAUUACCAUUUGAUAUUUUAUUAUAUUAUUUGCCUAGUUUUCAAGAAAUGAUCAAGAAAACGUCAAUAUAUAGUCAUCCAUUAGUUCAUCACUUAAUGGAUCCAGGAACUCAAAAAGAGAAGGGAGAUGAUGACAGCAAGAAAGUGGUUGCAGAGAUCAUGGCAAGAUGUUUUGUUCCAAGUUUAAUAACAACCACCUCCUGGGAGGGAUUUCAUUUUGUUGGUCAUGAGAUUCGAAUUACCGAAGCCAUGGAUUCUUACGGUGCUGUUGUUUGGCCAUCGGCCCUUGUUCUAUGCUAUUUUCUGGAAACAAAUGUAAAGCACUAUAAUAUGGUUGACAAAAAUGUGAUUGAAAUUGGAGCUGGAACAGGGCUGGUCUCCAUCGUGGCAAGUUUACUUGGUGCACAUGUGACUGCCACAGAUUUACCUGAAUUACUUGGAAACCUGCAAUAUAAUAUUUCCCGAAACACCAAAAUGAAAUGUAAGCAUUUGCCUCAGGUUAAAGAACUCUCCUGGGGUGUAGCUUUAGAUGAGAACUUCCCCAGAUCUUCCAACAAUUUUGACUACAUCCUGGCAGCUGAUGUUGUCUACGCUCAUCCUUUCCUGGAAGAACUCCUCAUUACCUUUGACCAUCUGUGCAAAGAAACUACCGUCAUCCUCUGGGUCAUGAAAUUCAGGUUGGAGAAAGAAAAUAAAUUUGUAGAUAGAUUUAAGGAGUUAUUUGACCUGGAGGAGAUUUCCAGUUUCCCCAGCCUGAAUAUUAAGUUGUAUAAAGCUGUGAAGAAAAGCCGGAGGAGUGCAAGGAAAGGAAAGGUGGUUUCCAGAAGAGUGUUCCUUUAAAGAAGACCCUGGAUGAUCUGAUGUAGCAGUGACUUUCCCAAGUCACUUGCCUCAUAAACUUGCCUCACCCCAGACAGGAAUUUUCCCACAUAUAGCACCUGAGUCUAGAAGAUGGCUAAGCUGUACCGUGUGGUCAUUGGUUAGGACAGAGUUGACUUUUCUUAUCCCUCAAUAGCACCAUUUAUUAUUAUUAUCAUUUUAUUAAAUGGUACUAUUGUUUGUAA